AUUCAGCUGAACCUGUUCCUGAAAAAGUGAAUUAGAAGUUGCUAUUUAUCUAUCUAAUAAGAUGGCGUGCUGGAGGGUUCGACAUGGUCUUUUUUCUACUAGACUGCAGCUCCAGCGAGGUCGAGUGCCACGUCGUCUGGGCCAGCAUGCUCACAGAGUUCAUCCUUGAUGGCGAUGGCUGGAUGGACUUUGACGAUGUCAGCCUCGUCGACGGCUACAACAUGCCCAUGCCAUGUUGGUUCACAAGCGCUGCCCCCUGUGAGCUCUGCUCCAGUUACGAGGACACCAUCUCCACAUUCGCUUGCAACCACACCAACUACAGCAUGACCUUCUGCCCACAGUCCAAUCCAAACAGAAAACUGGACAAGGAGCAUGGGAAGAAAGCUAUAAUUUUUGGUGUUCCGGCUAUAGCUGAAUGGUUCAGAAGCAAAGUCCAUUUUGUGCCAUCUGUAGCUGCCCUGGGGUCUGCCCUUUUGGCUGCAGUAAAGGCAUAAACAACAAGCAGAUCAACAGGAAGAUCGAAGCAAGCCACAUAGUCCAACCCCCUUGUUACAAGGACGAGCACCAGGUCCUGGGCCAGCCAUUCUGCUGUAAAAGGAUAAGCUGUGCUGGCAAAAUCUUGGAGAAUGCUUCAUAAACUGCCCGUGCAAGAUUAAUUGCCAACCAUCAGCAGCAACGCAGAACCACAUGAUACCAACAUCUAAACACACAUAAACAAGUAUUAAUCCUAUGUUCUUACUAAUGAUGAAACUGAAAUCAUAAGCCAAUACAACAGUUUAUGCUGAUGUAAUGCAAACUGAGAAAGAAACCUACACCAUCAUGUCAUGAGUACUUCUAUAAAAGAUGCCUGUGAGAUUGUACCUUUGCAGUUUGACAGUGCCGGAGCAA